CAGACAGCUGCUUUUUAGAAGCAUUUCGUAUCGCGUGAAGCUCCAUAACAUAAAACCGAUUAAGUCUCUAGAUUCUUUACGCACACAUGUUGUUUUUUGGCACCAAGGCAACUAAUUGCAAUACACAGAGAUUCUCUCGCUCUGGUGUGUAACGUGAUGCAGUAGUUUCCCGUAAAUGGUCUUUACUCGAUGGCGACAGUUCGGUGGUACUGAGCCUCAUGAGGUGCAGCUCGUGCUCUUCAGCAGGAACAUUUCACUUCACAAGCCACUUGACAGCCAUCUAUUUGAGGACUUUUUACUUUUUGUCCACUGGCGGGACUGUAAAAAUACAAUUUCCAUGCGCCUGACUUCAUUCGCGGAUACUGCAUUUUCUACAGAAGAAUGACUUCAGUGUGGAAAAGAUUACAAAGAGUUGGCAAAAAAGCCACUAAAUUUCAGUUCGUGGCUUCGUAUCAAGAACUUGUUCUGGAAUGUACAAAGAAAUGGCAACCAGACAAACUGAGAGUGGUGUGGACACGAAGGAACAGACGCAUUUGUUCGAAGCUUCAUUCAUGGCAGCCAGGCAUCAAAAACCCCUACAGGGGAAUGGUGGUGUGGCCUGUACCUGAGAAUGUGGACAUUACCGUCACACUCUACAGGGACCCACAUGCAGAUGAGUUUGAAGACAAAGAGUGGACAUUUUUCAUUGAGAAUGAGACAGCAAAGGGCAGUCGGAAAGUUCUGGCGUCUGUGGACUUGAACAUGAAGAAGUUUGCCAGUGCCACACACUCACAGACGGACCUGAUGCUCAAAAUGAAGCCUCUGUCGGUUAAGGUGGUGGAGGCCACGCUGAAGCUCUCCUUAUCCUGUGUGUUCCUCAAAGAGGGGAAAGCUACGGAUGAGGACAUGCAAAGUCUUGCCAGUCUGAUGAGUGUAAAGCCAACGGAUAUUGGGAACCUAGAUGACUUUAAUGAGAGUGAUGAAGAAGAGGAUAAAAGAUCUAGUACCGGUGUUAAUCUCAGUACUGCAGUACCAGCACCCCAUCUUCCUCUUCGACCAACACACUCCCAAGAAAAGAGAUCUGCAUCUCUAAAGAGCCCUUCAGCAAUAGUCAGUGGUAAGGACAGGCCUGCUGGUGGUGUCCUCUCACGCCCAGUGCCUGGCACUGUUCAUAACCAUGACCUGACAUCACGUCCACCUUUACCCACCCCACCCAGUUCAACCCCUCGCACCAUGCCCUCACCCGCCCGCUCCAGACCAGCACGUCCACCACCCCUUUCCCAGCCACAGGCCCCACCUGACUCCCACACAGAGCAAAAUGCUUCUGGUUUGCUCCCUCCAGCAUUGCCCAAAAUCUUCCAGCCGUCCCCUGGCUCAGCUCCUGUGUCCUUUCAAAGAAGACUGUCAGGCUCCGAGGCCCCUCUGGAGGGUCCCGUGACCUCUGACUAUCCUCUGCUCAAACUCCCUCGGGCUUCUCCUUCCUCUCCUUCCGAUCCCUUCCUCUCUCACUCUCCCUCUCCUCCCACUGUGCUCCUGAAAGAUUCUUUUGGAGCACCUCGCACCAAUGUUUUUAAGCCCAAGAUUGUCCCCGGUGCUCGCCCUGUAUCCCCCACUCCUGUCCCCCUCCUCGAGCCCAAAACUUCUUCCCUCUCUCUAUCUGACAUGCUUAAGCGCCCAUCUGCUGGCACUGUGCCAGUAUCUACACAGCUAAAUGAACAGACGAUGGAUGUUUCUACAUCUCCCUUCUUCAGUGUCCCUCUAAAUGAAUCUGUGACCCCUGUUCCUUUGCUGAGCAGUCCAGAUCUUGAAGCUCUGUGCGAAACAUCUUGCACUUCUAGUCAACUCCCCAAGCCACCUCUACCUCCCUCUGUCCCUGUCUCUUACCCCAUUAGCAAACCCCUACCUGCCUCUUUUACCCCAGCAGCUGUCUCUUCCUCUACCCCUGCUCUUGCACUGUCAACCACUGAUGCCUGCACUGCUGCUCCCUGCUGUUCAACUCAAUCUUCUUCUACUCUCUCAGAGAUACCCAGGGAGCUCAACACACUUACAGAGGAGGAUCAAACAAACCCGUUUCUACAAGAUAUACUUGCUGAAGAACUAAAGAACUCAGAGCCCAAAACAGAGCAGCAUCGCCCUUCUCGGACUGUCUGCAGCAUUAGCAUUGCUAAUCAACAAUCUCCUUCCUCCCUCCAUCAACCUGAAACCAUCAGCACUGAAAGAAAAGAGCUCAAACCUGCCAUGGCUGUAAAAAAUCUUGGGCCUGUUGGCAAGUCAUCUGGAGUACAGUCUGUGGACGCUUCCAGAUCUGAGGAACUGGAUACUGGGAAUGUCCCUCCUCCACACCCAUUCUCAGCUCCAGCAACAACAGCUCCCUCAUCAGUAGUUUCCACUCAUAUGAAGAAAAAUCUAGUUUUUAUUGCAGAGAAACCACCACUGGCUGAGGAAGAGCCGGAUUUUAAAGUGGCCGAUUUCGAUAAAGUGAUCAUAACCUCUCAAGAUGUUACUGUUGGCAAACGCCCUGAGAAAGAACCACUCAAAAUUGCCAUUGAACAGCCAAUGCAUUCUAGCCUGGUUCAAACCUUUUCAAUAACCGAUGAUGACUUACUAAAGCAACCAAAAAACACAAAAAUUGAAUCAGCAGGGGAAGUUUCUCCAAAAGAGGAACCGAGCAUACAGAACGCGAAAGGUGCUUUGCUUUGUGCCGACCUCAACAAGUCGGAUGAGGACAAGAUAAUCAAGAAAUUUGCCUCAACUGUGGUUACCCCUACAGAACACAAUAUCCCCAACAUUUUAUCCAGCUCAUCACGUCUAAAGCAAGAACUUAUAGAUCUUCCCAGGGAAAAAGGCCAAGUGUGGGUGGAAGAAGUCCUUGCAUCUAAAUCCAACAGUAGUUUGAGAGAGAAACAGUCCCAUAAGGAUCAUCUGGACAAGAGUUUAACUAUCCAGGAAAGUCAAAAUGAAAUGGCCUUCACUCCACUUGAAAGGCCAAGCAUUAGCCUUAAAAGGGGUGUCCCUGAAAUAUCAGAUCUGCCUAAAGAGCUUCCUCCCAUUCAUCCCCAACCCCUGGAGCCCAAAGUCCUUAAAUGCAUCUUAGAACAAACUCCAGCAGUCAGUCAACCAGCAAAACCAGAGCUGAUUGUGAAGGAGUCAGACGACACAGUGUUAACGCAGAAGAGUGUGGAGAUCCAUUCACUUGCGCAAGCAGAAGUGCCAAUCUGGAGUUCUCUGGAAGAGAAAGUAAAAGAUCAGGAGGAUGAAGCAAGGGAUGAAGAAAUAAAUAAGCACAAAACAUCUGACAAGAUGCCAAAAGAAGAAAAUAAAGCUGAAAUGUCCUCAAAAAAAUCUUUAGAAACAGGCAAAGAAAAAGCCGUUAUCCAAGUCAAUGCUGAAAAUCUCAGUUUAAAUGAACCAGAUUCCCAACAGCCGAUACCCUCCAUUGUCCUUAAACCACAACAAGCUGAGACUAUCAAGGAGAAGAAAAAAGAAGCUGUUAAAGUCAGUAUACCGGUCCGUAUGAAGCCUCCACUUCCUGUGAUCUCCCCUGUUGUUGCUGUAACGGAAAAGGACAAAAGAACUUCAGUGCAUCUGGAGGAAAUUUGCCCUCUGACGCCCAGCCUGUCUCUGGAUACAGAGUCUGGUGGAAGUGAUUUAAAGAAAAAGGUCACAUUUGAGGAAGAGAGUGUGUUAUGGGCUGCGGUAGAGGAGAAAACAAAAGAAAAAAGUGAUGAAGGUGUUAGCAUGGGCAAGUUGAUACCAGAAAAAGAGGUUCUGGAUAGGGGCCAACAUGGAAAAGAAACAUCAGAAACCAAGCCUAAGGAGCAAGAGGAUUCCUUUACCUUGUCCCAUUUCCACCACAAACUAGAUAAAAAUGCCAACAAAGAAAGCCAGAGGGAAGACCAUAAAAAGAAGACCACUAAAGAGGAAGAUUCAGAUGAUAAGAUGCUGCAAACUGGCAAUGAGACUAUUUGGACAACUGAAGCUGGACCUAAAGAAGACCUGAAGACUGUCAGUGUCUGUUCAGAAACCGAACUUGGCCUUAAGCUUGAAAUAGGAACAGACAGAAACGUGGACACCUGCAUACAGGAACAUGACUCCGUUUCUAACCAGGAAGAAGUAUCUGUAGGCUUCAUACGGGGGAUUUUCGGUGUUCUGUAUAAAGGUUAUGAGACCAUGACAUCAAUACUACAGCAGCCAAGCACAACAGAAACAGAUGUUCAAGAUGACACAGUUUUGGAUGAUCACGAUGGAUCUGUGGUUGAAAUUCUCCCUCCCGAGGCCUUCUCUGACACCAAAAUUGAGCAUCCAACUGACGAUGAGCCUCAGGAAUCAAUAAUCCAGGAUUUGUUACCUUCUGGCGAGUUACAGAUAGAUAUUCAGACCUCCGAGCCUGUAGCCAUGAGCCUGGUAGAGUGUUUGAAACUGGCAGCCAGAGAAACUCAAAGCGGAUCUAUGAGUUUCAAGACCCAAGAUAAAGGAAGCCCUUCUAAACAGAAAGCAGCAAAUGAGCAAACCCAAAUACUGACACCAAUAACAAAUGACAAAUGCAUGAUGGUGGAAUUUAAGUCUGAGAGUGUGCUAUCAAAUGAAGAGAUGAAUGAAGAGCCGUGCUUACCUCUGGAGGAAGAAGAAGACAUAACUGCUAAGAAAGAGGUGCAAACCAGAUCUGUGGGAACAGAUGGUCUGGUGACCAAGGUAAACCUUGAGGAAAUAAAAAUGCACGAAAGCCCUAAAAGAAAUGGACAUGAAGAACUUCUGCCUGGCAAGAUAACAGCAGCAGAUUUAAGGCCUAUGGCGGAGUCGGAGGGUUCACAGGAGGAGCUGGAAUUUGAACUGGGUCAGGAAGACUUAGGAACAGUGUGGUCUGCUGAGCUAUAUAUGGAUGGAGGACCAGAGGAAUCUUCAAUAUCGCCAAUAUCACCAAGAGAUUUCACAGCCAUACAAAAACCGGAAUCGCCUCAGACUGCCUUUCCACCAGAAUCUGGGUCUAUAUUAAAAGACACUACACCAACGGAAACUAUUUUCCAACCUGCUAGCAAAGUUCUCCCUCCAUGUCAAGACAAGAGUAUGCAGUCACCACCCCCAGUGCCUUUACAGGAAAUCGGCCCUAAUGCCAUCAAUCAAAAUAGUAGCUCUGCAGCUGCUAAAAUGCAUGUGGUUCCUCAAUGCAAUGAACAAGGAACCACUCCUUCACAUGUAACUAUGGAGACAGCAGCUGUAAAGACUGUUGAGAUAUGCAAAGAUGGUGCAAAAGAGACAAGUGAGAAUAACUUGUCACCACUAGAGGGAGACAAUACCAUAACCAUGUGUAUAAACAACACUUCAAAAGUUGAGAUGGAAAAAGAGAGCAGCCCAGUUAUCACCAAGGCAUCAGAAAUUAUUAUUGUAGCAGCCACAGAAAGACCGAAAGAUAUAAACGUUGAUGAGAACGUUGUUUCCGGGAAGGACAUUUCUCCAAGGAGCUCAGUGGUCCCGUGGCCAUUUCCUUCUCCUAAACUCGAAAGACACAGUGAGCCCUCAAAAAGUACAGAAAGUUCCAGUCUAAAGGAUGAUUACCUCUCGGAGGAGAGCAUUCUGUUAGCAAAGAUUCGUCAGAUGGCCGAAGAAGAGGCGACACAGCCGUCAGCUCCUGCUCCACGCACUAAAAAACGUUUGAUCCCCUGCGAGUCUGAUUUUGAACUUCCUCCAUCUCCUCCCAUGCAACUAAAGUUUAGCAUGAAACCACCUGUGGAUGAGAUGAGGCCAUAUUUAGAUCAGACUGAGAUUACAAAAACACUCGGACCUCCACCGUCAGUGAUUUCUCCAGAGCAGAUAGAUGAGAAGGUUGACAUCAGUCAGUCUCAGACUCCCUCUGUGCCACUGGAGAGCAUUAAGAUAGAUGAUAGCCACAGAGAAGCCAAUGCUAGAAAUGCUGUUUUAGAUGAUAAUGUCCAGUUAAACAAGCAAGAACAAAAUAUUCAGCUGGAAUGUAUGGGAGCUGAAAGGGAGUGCCAAGAUACACCAGCUGUUAAGCCCACAAACCAGACAGAGAACACAGAAACAGAAGCUGAAACUGAGAACAAGGAAGAACCAGAAUUAAGUGUUGAUAGAAGUGAAGAGGCUCAAAUAGAGCAGGAUAGACCACCAUCUCCAGUGCCUGAUGAAUUGUCUGGUCAUCCUCAGGAAAAGGAGUCCUCUGAUGUAACCCCAGAGGCUAAAGGGAGCAAGACGCCAUCUAGGAGCCCAGGCAGCAUGCAGGUUAACGGCCAGACCACUGCAGACUCAUCCCAUGUGAUUGUGCCUCCAAUGCGCAGUAAAAAGAAAAUAAUUCCACCACCAAUGGACCUUGCAAUAGUAAAAACAAUGGAUGAAUCCAUUAAAGAGGGUUCAGCAGUGCCUGGAUGGGAUUUUGCCAGUCCACUGCCCAGUCCUGGUUUGGUGACCUCCAGUCAGUCCUUGCUGGAGUGGUGUCAAGAGAUCACUAAAAACUAUAAGGGAGUAAAAAUCACAAACUUCAGCACCUCUUGGCGUAACGGCCUGGCAUUCUGUGCCAUCUUACAUCACUUCCACCCUGAGAUAAUUGACUUUGAUGCAUUGGAGCCUCACAACAUAAAGCAAAAUAACAAAGCUGCUUUUGAUGGGUUUGCAACACUGGGAAUCUCUCGUCUGCUGGAGCCCUCAGACAUGGUGCUUCUCUCUGUGCCAGAUCGUUUGAUUGUCAUGACGUACUUGUGCCAAAUCCGUGCACACUUCACUGGGCAGGAGCUGAGUGUGUUACAGAUAGAGCAGAACAACAGUCAGUCCAGCUAUGCAGUAGCCAGGCCAAGCCAAGGGCCGGAUGUACAAGCAGCAGCCAAAUUCUGUGCAGAGAGGCUCCAAGCUGGAGCUCUGUCAGGAGACAGCAACAGCAAGGACUCACUGGGAGAGGAGGGAAGUGACACUGCGGCUAAGCCAAACAGAGCUCUUGUUCCUCCACCUCGGACUAAACGUGCAGGAAAGGUGGAAGAGAUGGGCAGUAAGGAGACAGAGGGAGGAGCGCAGACUCCUGUGGCCCCGCCACGAUCAAACUCAGCGGCUUCCAGAUCAGGAUUUGGCCACAUACGAGAUGCGGAUCUGGUGAAGAAACGGCGGUCGCGACUGAAGAGCGAAUCCAUGGAUGAGACCGAUUCGAAGGAGCAGCCAAAGGAGUCAGAUAAAGGUGAACUGACAGCUGAAGGAACUAAUGGCUCAACAGCUGCCAGAGAAAGUGCUGAAACUGAACCUCAGGAAGCAAACCAAGAUGUUAAAUCAGCAGAUAAUGAGACAAUGUGUCUGCAGGACACCAAUCAGUAUGUGUUGAGUGAACUUCAGGCCCUGGAAACCGAACAGAAGCACAUAGACAGCAGAGCUGCAGUCGUGGAGAAAAGACUCCGAAAGCUCAUGGAGACGGGAAGUGAUAAAGAUGAAGAAGAGAAGCUGAUUGAGGAAUGGUUCACUCUGGUCAACAAGAAGAAUGCUCUGAUCAGGAGACAAGACCAUCUGGAGCUGCUGCAAGAAGAGCAGGAUUUAGAAAGAAGAUUUGAGCUGCUAACUCGAGAGCUCAGAGCGAUGAUGGCUACUGAAGACUGGCAGAAAACUAAGGCCCAACAGCACAGAGAACAGCUACUGCUACAGGAACUGGUGUCACUGGUCAACAAGCGGGACGAGCUGGUCAGAGACAUGGAUGCAAAAGAGAGAGGGGCUUUGGAGGAGGAUGAGAGACUGGAGAGAGGUCUGGAGGCAAGGCGUAGAAAAUACAGCAAUAAGGAAAAGUGUGUUCUUCAAUAAAGAAACUUGAAUUCUCAUGAAAGCUGUGGCUCACUGCACCAGAGACGAUCCUAAAUGACUUGGACUACACCAGGACAUUAGUGUGCCUUGUUUUAACUUUCAAAGACAUUUGGCUUAAACGUGAAACCCUUUCUCACAACAUCUUAAAGAUCUCAGCGACAUCUCAGUGGGAUAUAAAUCAUGUCCAGUCUAGAUCAGACAAGUUAUUCAUUGAAAGUUUGCACAAUGUUUUGAAGGUUUUCCCAGGUUUUACUGGUCGAGAGUUUAGUAUUUUAAGCAAUAUUACUUUAAAUCUUAAAAUCUGAAAGAAGGUCUUUAUUGUUUUAUUGGACAAUAAACAAACAGCCUUCACACACCUGAAUGGUUGCAGACAGUUGAACUGAACACAAGAAAUAAUAAGAAAAGGGAAGAAUCCUGCACACUGCUGUAGGUUGCAAGAAAUCCAAUAUCCUCCAAUAUUUAUUGAGACUUCUGUCCCACAACCUUAGUCAGGAUUUUUUUUUCCUGAAGCAAAUAAAACAUUGCUCAAUUUCGUACAAUCUGAGCAGGCAAGCAGGGUUUUCUCUUCUUUGUAAUGUUUGUAAUGUUUUUUGGGGGGGAAAUGUAAUGUUUAGGAUUGAGACGAUUUGACUGUCUUUAAGGUAUAUCGAACAGACAAAGAGACUUGCGCCAAAGUGUGCUGUUUUUACAUUAUUUAUUUAAGUGUGUUGUUUCCUGGUAUGCCAAAACGUCUCUGUUGGGCCGUUGUCUUAUCUGCAAAUUGUAUUCUCUGAUGUUUCAUCAGACAAUGUCUUCAAAUUAAUGUAUUCAUAACGUUCUUUUGCAUUGCAGUGCCUUUAGAGGUUUAAUACCUUUUGAAAAGGGGCUUUUUAUAUAAAAUGAAGCCAUUCUGUAUUUUCUGUUUUAAACCUUAA